AUGCCAUUGAUCCAAGACGACCCGAUUUAUCCCAAGCUGGCAAAACCAUCGUCAUCACGGGUGCUGGCCAAGGUAUUGGACGAGAAGUUGUCUAUGCGUUUGCCCAAGCUGGAGCCAUCACAAUCCAUAUCCUCGGACGUACUAAACAAAAGUUGGAAGAGACUAGAGACGUCUCCGAAAACUCUCACCACGGUUUGA